GGAGUUUGGUCGUAUCCGGAUGCCCGGCCGCCGUUUGCGGACACGUGCCAAUCGAGGUCAUGGCAAAGCAAGCGAUCCAUGCGGGGCGGCGCGCCUUCAAGCACCAAGGCCAAGUGAUCUACGAGUGGGAGCAGUCGCUUGAAGAGGUCAACAUCUUCAUCAAGCCGCCGCCGGGCGUGACCGCGAGCCACUUGCUCUGCACGAUCGCGCCCAGCCACGUCAUGCUGGGCAUCAAGGGCAACGCCGAGCGCUACCUCGACCACGAGCUGACGAGCCAAGUCGUCGUGGCCGAGAGCUACUGGAUGCUCGACGGUGGCGAACUCAACAUCAACUUGCAAAAGAUGAAGAAAGGCUUGACGUGGGACGCGGUGUUUGUCGGCCACGGCGAGCUGGACCCGCUGACAAAGGACGAAGUGCAAAAGAAGCUGCUGCUCGAGCGCUUCCAGCAGGAAAACCCGGGUUUUGACUUUUCCAACGCCGAGUUCAACGGGUCCGCUCCGGACGCACGCACGUUUAUGGGCGGCGUCCGCUACAACUAACACUUGGACAUGAGGCCCAUUCCGCUGCUCGAUGAGUGUGAAUUGGAUAAUUGAAUUUUCGUUUACAUACAAUAUAUUGAUGUUGCAAUAUAUUGAUUUUGCAUAAUUGUCCUGAA